AGCACAAUUCAAUUCACAAUUGAGUUGGCAAGAAAUAUAAAGUUAAAAUAAAUGUGCUAAUUUAGGUAUGCUGAAACAUCUUUUGGACUGCAACUGUUAGAAUGAAUAAUAUUAAUUUUCUCUGUGUAUGUCAACUCUUUUUGUUACAGACAUGGGGAAUGAGCAGUGCACCUAUUGCUGGGUACCUCUUGCUUUGGUAACUACAAUUAUGAUUAUUUCCUUGCUGAAAAAUAUUUCAUACUAUUUAAAAGAAAAGAAACAAAAAGAAUACUUUCCAGGUUACAUAUAUGAAGACAACCCUGAAAAUAGCCCAAGUUAUGGUGAAUUUAAUACUGAAGAAUCUCCUGUUUAUGACAACCUAAAUCACCGCCGUCUAGAAAUGCUAGAUGAAAGCUGCUAUGAACCAAUGAAUGCUCAACGUCACCCCUCCACCACUGAAGUACAGCAGGUAGCUGAACAUCAGAUGUGCUAUGCUUCCUUGGAUCACAGUGUCAGAAGAAAACAGAAGAGAAACAGAAAAAAGAAAUACCCUACAGCAGAAAUGGAUGAAGACCACCUUACUGUGAGCAGCUCCAUGCCUUCAGACACCUGCAUUUAUCUCAACAGUGAACAGCUAAAUGCUGAAACUGAACUGACUGAAGAUACUACACAUGAAGAGCCCUUCAGUGUAUUUGGUAUCAUUCCCACUACAAAUGAUGCCAGGUCUGUAGGGAUUUGCCCAGCAAAGUAAUUGUGGCCAGUAAAACAGGUAAUUUACUUGGAAAAUAACUAACCAACUGGGGUUAGAACUUGGCACUUAAAAGAUGAUUAAUUGGCAGAAGGAGAAGAGCUCCAGAAGCAACAGCAAGUCCUUUUCCUUCGGAGUUCAUUAUGGAUGUGUCCAAAUGAUAUAUGUCGAUUGCAGCACACUUCUUCACUCGGUUUCUUACAUAAUAUAAAUGUGUAAGUCAGAGAUGGGGAAGCAUAAAUUUAAUAUGAAUUAUGCCAGCAUCAUGAAACCAGGGAAUAUGUUGAUGUGAGGAAAAUCAAGCUAGAUUUCAUUCUUGAAGCCACAGUUAAAAAAACUAAUUGAGGCAAGUAUCAAAAUAGUGUGGUAAACCUUUUCCCAAGUUUAGAGACUGGUCCCAGUGAGUAACUCUGCUGAUAAUGCAGGGUCCCAAGUCACAUCAUUUCUUCAUUCUACUGAACUGGAACUCCAUAUUAUUGGAUGCCUAGACAGAGGAGCCUGACUCAUACAAGAUAUUAUAUGUACAGUGAAGGUGCUUGAAUCUCUUCCUUAUUAUACUGUCUCCAAAUAACACACCGGUGUAUAUACUGUGUAAUGUAUUGUUGCUGUGCAUCGUCAAGCCAUUUCUGGAUUAUGGCAAUCCUAUCAUGGGGUUCUUGGUAAGAUUUGUUCAGGGGGAGCUAGCCAUUUUUUUCCUCUGAGGCAGAGAGUGACUUGCCCAAGAUUACAUCAUCUCCAGUGCUGAAACCACUAUACUGUAUCAAUAUUGACUCCAUAAUACAUAUAGCAAGCUAUUUGACCUCAGCAGACUGAAAUCAAAAUCAAGGUUCCAAUAUCUAUUAUAGAACUCCAAUAUGCCAAUGAUAAUGUAGUCUGCGUACAUUCAGAAGACCUACAAGCCACUUCUAAAUGCCUUUGCAGAAGCAUAUGGGCUCGACCUCUCACUGAACAUCAAGAAAACCAAAGUACUCUUCCAGCAGCCACCAGCCAACCCCUCUGAAAUGCCAGGAAUAUAGUUUAAUGGUGUAAUGUUAGAAAAUGUUGACCAUUUCCGCUACCUCGGCACCCACCUUCACAAAAGUCAACACUGAUGCUGAAAUACACUGCUUGAGCUCUGCGAAUGCAGCAUUUUCCCAAUGAAGCAAAGAAUGUUUGAGGACCAGGACAUCUGUAGGGAUACUAAAGUACUUAUUUAUAAAGCUGUUGCCCUCCCAACCCUGUUAUAUGCCUGCAAAACAUGGGCUGUCUACAGACGUUACAUUCAACUCCUGAAACGAUUCCAUCAGGGUUGCCUCCGAAAACUCCUGCAAAUCUAUUGGGAAGACAGACAGACAAAUGUCAGCGUGCUGGAAGAUGCAAAGACCACUAGUAUUGAAGCGAUGCUCCUCCGCCAUCAACUCCUCUAGACUGGCCAUGUUGUCCGAAUGCCCGAUAACCAUCUCCCAAAGCAGUUACUCUACUCCCAACUCAAGAACGAAAAACGGAAUGUUGGUGGACAGGAAAAGAGAUUUAAAGAUGGGCUUAAGAUGAAAUUGCUAAACUAAUGUAUUAAUGUAUAAAAAAUAUGGUGGAUAAAAUGGAUAGGAUAAAAGAUUAUUUAGAGACAUUUGGAAGGACAACAGGUUUACAAAUAAAUUGGAAUAAAUCAGAAAUGAUGCUAUUGAAUUACACAAAAAAAGAAGAAAAGGAUUUUAUAGAACAGAGCAAGAUGGGAAUAAGAAUUAAGAAUAAAUUAAAAUAUUUGGGAAUAAUUAUAACCAAGGAUUGAAAAGAAAUGGAAGAGGAAAAUAUAAUAGUCUUAAGGGAUAAGGUUAAAAAGCAAUUAUUAGAAUAUGAAAAUUUAAAUUUAUCAUGGUUUGGGAAAAUUGCAUUAAUAAAAAUGAAAAUACUUCCAAGGAUAAAUUUUAUAUUUAGAAUGCUACCACUCCAAAUUACGGAAAAAGAAUUGAAUAAAUGGCAGCUAAUGAUAAACAAUUAUUGUAAUGGUAAUAAGAGAAAUAGGAUAAACAAACAAUUAAGGUACAGACCGCAAAAGGAAGGGGGACUAGCACACUCCCAAAUAUAAAACAAUAUUAUGAAGCUAACAGAUUAAGACUGGUUAUUGAAGGACUGAUAAGGAUGAUAUAGAAUGGUUAAAAAUAGAUUCUGAAAAAGUAGAGGAAGAUAUUCGGAAUAUAUUUUUUAAGGAUUUCACGAGAAAAGAAAUUAGGGAAAUUGGAAACCCAAUGUUAAAGAAUGUAUUAGAUAUAUGGAUUAAAUAUAAGAAAAAGUUAAUACCGGAGGGUUCAAGAAUAAUUCCAGUUAUAAUGGAAAGGAAGUUCCCAAAAAAUUUAAAAAAUAUAUUGGAUAAAGUAUUAAGGGAAAAAAACCUAGACAAAAUAGGGGACUGGAUUAAGAGGGGAAUGAAGAAGGAAAAGAUAAAGGAGGAAUUUGGGGAAAUAAAAUUGACAUGGUUCCAUGGUGUUCAGCUAGAGCAAUGGUAUAAGAAUUGGGUAAAAAAUAAUAAAGAGGGGAAGGAACCUAACCAAUUUGAACAAAUAAUACAAAAUGGAAGGGAUAUAGAUGAUUAUAAAAAAAAUGAAAGGUGUAACUGGUAGAAUCUAUAGAAUAUUGGGUGGAAUAAAAGAAGGAGAGAGAAAAAAUACCACUCUUAAGGAAUUAUGGGAGGAGGAGUUAGAGAUGAAAAUAAAUGAAAUGGAAUGGUCGCAAUUGUGGAAACAAAGGCACUUGAAAAAUUUAUCAAUAAGAGUUAAAGAAAAUUAUUAUAAGAUAAUUUGGAAAUGGUAUUUAACGCCAUUAAAAAUGUCAAAUAUUAAUAAAAACCAUCCAAAAAAUUGCUGGAGAGGCUGUCAGGAAGUGGGAACAUAUAUACAUAUGUGGUGGCAUUGUAAAUAUGUUAGGAAAUUUUGGUACAAAAUAUUUAAAGAGA